UCAAACAAAAUUAAAAUCUCAUAUUAAAGAUUCAAUAUAUACUGUAUGUUUAAAUAAAUAAUUAUCCAGUGUUGGCUAGAUAGUUUGCAAACUUACAGAUUCACACAAAAGGUUUUUGGCAUUUAAUUGUAAUACUUUGAUGUGUGAUAUUUGUUAUUUUGAUUUUAAAUCGAUAUUGACAUUUUCCCCGGUUGAUACAACCAAUUCAGGCUACUUGAAUUGUAUAAUAAUACACCUUUUUUACUUGUUUACCUCUCUUCUAAAUAUGUUUUGUGUUCUGAAAAAUAGUCUUACAGGUUAGGGUUUAAAUGAAUGAUACAAUUAUUCUUAUUUUUGGGCGAACCAUCCCUUUAACAAAAUAAGUCAUAGGCAAGAGCUUUAAGCAAGAAGACAGUAAAACAUUAAUAGCUUAAAUUCAGUAUUGGACAUGGUAAACUUGUAAGUCCCACGUUGAAAACAGUCGCGUCAGUCAUUACUUAGACUCAUUGUUCUUGAGUUGAGUCUGUCACCCUCCAGGCUUUCUAUAAAGAAUAGAGGAGCCAUAGCAACAGCCACUAACUGUGUAUAACAGCACUUCCCAAACAAGCCACUGUACUGCAAGAAUGUGUCAAAAUCACCAGCUACUAAACAAAUCAGGAAUUUAAUUUAUGGGAGGAAAAAUUGUCAUGCAUGAGUAAAUCAAAAAUGACCGCUCCUGAGAACUCAAGUAAACAACAGACACCAACUCUAAGAUUCCCAUUUAGUCCCCGCCGUCAAACUAAUGUCAUGAUUCUCAAAAAUGGUCAAAGAGGCACAAAACAUCCACAAGUCUUUCCAAUACGGGGAGAACUUCCUUCUUUGGCAGGUUUACUGCUCUACCCAGGAAAGAGAGAAAAGAUGGUAACCACAACAGAAACCGCAUUUGGACCCAAAACCUGCCCAAGAGUAGAGAAGAAGAUUCUACAGUGCAGCCUUAUUCUAGAUGGGGACCAAAGCUUCAUUACAACAAACAGAGAGGAUUACCCAGCUUACACACCAGAUGGGACUCCAAUCGCAUGGCAAACGAAAGCCCCUGUGAGACCGGAGAAGGCUGCCCAAGAACAAAGAUUUUCUCUUUACCAGCAGGACUUUUCAGCACCAAAGAGAAUCUAUGUCAGGAGAAAUCAGGUCGUUCCUCGUCCGGACAAUCUAGCCUUCAACACGUCAUUGAGAGUAGAAUACAGAACAGUGCAAAGAGAGGCCUUCCCUGGAUGGGACGUCUCUGCGCAUGCUCCUCCAGCCCCCGUCCAAAUUAAAAGAACAGCGGAAACAGAACGGUGA